AUGUCGAAGCGUGCGGCCGAGAUUGGGCACGACGGCACCCCUCUGAAGGGGGGCGACCGUCCUGAGAAAAUGGACAUUGACGACAAGGAAAUGGGCGACUUUGAAGACGAGUACGAGGACGAAUUUGAGAGCGAAGACGAAAUUAUCGAGGCUGGCGUAGACGGCCGCCCCGAUGCUGAGCGUGAAGCCGAAGAAGGUACGAUUAUCCCUUAUUCUUCUCUGGAUCAGUUGCUAAUUCUCGCAGCCGCUGCCAUGGACGUCGACCAGGGCACCUUUAUCGUUGGCCGGCACAAGCUCGAGCCCGGCCAGGUGCUGACGCCGGACCCGACGACGUACGAAAUGCUGCACAAUCUGACGACGCCGUGGCCGUGCCUGUCGUUUGACAUUGUCAGGGACGGACUGGGCGACAACCGCAAGGCGUAUCCGGCCACCAUGUACACGGUGACGGGCACGCAGGCCGACUACAAAAAGGUCAACGACAACCAGCUCAUGGUGAUUAAGUUUUCCGGUCUGUCGAGGAUGAACAAGGACGGCGACGGCGAGUCCGACUCUGACGACGACGACGAGGACACCGAACCGAUCCUCGAGUCCAAGAGCAUCCCGCUGACGUCAACGACCAACCGCAUCCGCACCCACCAGGUGCCCUCGUCGGAGCCCGGCCGCGCGCCGACGACACUGGCGGCCACCAUGACCGAGUCGACCAACGUCUUCAUCCACGACGUGACGCCGCACCUGGCGUCGUUUGACACGCCGGGGACCGUCAUCAGCGCCGCGCAGAACAAGCCUGUGUCGACGAUUCGCGCGCAUAAGUCCGAGGGUUACGCGCUCGACUGGUCGCCGCACCACCCCAACGGCAAGCUGCUAACGGGCGACAACGACGGCCUCAUCUACCAAACGACGCGCACCGACGGCGGCGGCUGGGUCACGGACAGCCGGCCGUUUGCAGGCCACACGUCGAGCGUCGAGGACCUGCAGUGGUCGCCGUCGGAGCAGUCGGUGUUUGCGUCGUGCUCGGCCGACGGCAGCGUGCGCAUCUGGGACAUCCGAUCGAAAUCGCGCAGCCCCGCGCUGACGGUGCAAGUCUCGAAUUACGACGUCAAUGUCAUCUCGUGGUCGCGGCAGACGUCGCACCUGCUCAGCACGGGCGCCGACGACGGCACCUGGGGCGUGUGGGAUCUGCGCCAGUGGAAGACGACGGGCACGGAUAAACCGCAGCCGCUGGCCAGCUUUGAUUUCCACAAGGAGCAGGUGACGAGCGUAGAGUGGCACCCCACGGACGAUUCCAUCAUGGCCGUGGCGGCGGCGGACAACACGGUGACGCUGUGGGAUCUGGCGGUGGAGCUGGAUGAUGAGGAGAGCAAGGAUACCGCCGGCGUCAAGGAUGUGCCGCCGCAGCUGCUGUUUGUGCACUAUCUAAAGGGUGUCAAGGAGCUGCACUGGCAUCCGCAGAUUCCGGGUAGUCUGGUGGCCACGGGUGAGGAGUUUUCCAUUUUCCGCACCAUUAGCGUUUGA